AUGAGUAAUACUCAAAAACAAAAAAACACUUUAUUUUCUUAUUUUAGUACAAAUAAAAAAAUUUGUUUGGAAAAUGAUGAGGCUGCAUCUGAAGAAGAAGAACAUGAGUUAUUGCAAUCCACAUCAAAACCUAUUACAAAUAUAAAUGAUAUUGGUAAUAUCGUUGAUAAAUCGUUUUUAAAAGAUGCCGAUACAAAACUUGUGCUUACUAAUCUGUGGGUCCCAGAUACAAAGUAUAACUUUCCUAUACUUGAAUGCAAUAAAAAACGUGGACUGAAAUUCCAACAUAAGUGGCUUCAUGAAUUUAAAUGGCUUUGUUAUUCAGAAAUUAAAAGUGGUGCUUUCUGUAAACACUGUGUUUUAUUUGCAAAGAGUGGUGGUGUUGGAAGUCAAUCUUUGGGAAACUUAGUAACUGAACCCUUUACAAACUGGAAAAAGGCUAAAGAGGUUUUUCGAUAUCAUAUGAAUUGUAAAUAUCAUUUGUCAGCAGUUCUUGAUUCUGAGCAUUUUUUGAAGGUUUUAAACAAAGAAGAACCAUCUAUAAUCGAACGAAUUGAUCGAAAUAGAAUGACUCAAGUUGAAGAAAACCGCAAAAGACUUAGACCGAUUAUUGAAUGUAUAUUAUUAUGUGGCAGAGAAGAAUUAGCAUUACGUGGUCAUAAAGAUUUUGGUAGCAUUUCAGUUGAUGAAGAUGCUUUGAGACAAGGAAAUUUUCGGGCCAUACUUAAAUAUAGAGCAAAAGGUGAUGAUUUUUUACGAAGUAUUCUUGAGGGUCCAGGGAAAAGAAAUAAGUACACCAGUCCAACUAUCCAAAAUGAUAUAAUAGAGUCCUGUAAUACAAUACUAUUGAAAAAAAUUGCAAAAAAAGUGAACGAGUCUAAAUGUUUCUCGGUACUUGCCGAUGAAACCACAGAUAUUUCAACAAAAGAACAGCUUGCUAUUUGUGUAAGAUAUGUCAGUGAUGAUAACAUGUUGCAUGAAGAUUUUUUACAAUUUUUUGAGAUUGAAAGUCUGACUGGUGAAGCUUUGGCAAAUUCCAUAUUAAAUGGUUUAAGCAAAUGUGGGAUUGAUUGUAGUUAUUUGCAUGGACAGGGCUAUGAUGGGGCCAGUAAUAUGUCUGGGCAAUUUAGAGGUGUACAAAGUAUUGUUAGGUUAAAAUAUCCAAAAGCAGUUUAUGUCCAUUGUUCAGCACAUUCACUGAACUUAGCUGUAUCAACAGCUAGUGGUAUUAGACCAAUUAGGAAUUGUUUAGGAAUAAUUGAAAAGGCCUAUCAGUUUUUCAAUACUCCAAAAAGAAAUUCUAUUCUUCUACAUGAGAUUGAAAAUUCAGACCACGAGCCCAGUGUAAAACAAUUAAAACGACUAUGUGCUACCCGUUGGGUACAACGGUAUGAUGCAGUGAACGAUUUCUCUGAGCUCUAUCCAUUCGUUCUUAAAGCAUUAGACACAAUAUGUGAUUGGAAAGAUCCAGCAGACGCCUCUAUGCUUAAACAUUCUAUGGAAGAUACCGAAUUCUUAAUUUCGUUUUAUAUAGUUAAGUUCCUAUUUUCUUUUUGUCUUCCUCUAUGUAAGCAGUUACAAAAAGUACAAAUAGAUUUAAAAAAAACUAUAGCUAUAGUUGAGAAUGUAGUAAUCACUCUGAAGGCCAUUAGAGACAAUUACAAAACCGAAUUUAGUCAAAUCUAUAUAAAUGUUAAAAUGGCUGCAGACAAUGUUGGUAUUGAAUUAAAAAAAAAGAGAGUUAUUUCAAAACAAACUUUGAGAGAUAAUCCAAAUCUUCUGGAUUGUUCCAUUGAACAUUAUUAUUGUGUUACAGUAUUUUUACCGUAUGUCGAUUACUAUUUAAUGCAAUUGACUGAGCGAUUUAUUAAUCAUAAAGCUAUAUUUGAAGGUUUUAAUUGCAUUUUCCAAUCAGAAUCACUUAUGGUAGAAAUGGAAGAUAUUGUUGCUUUUCAAAAGCUUGUUGAGUUUUAUUCAUCAACAAUUGACCAACACUCUAGCAUUGCUGAAUUAAAGAUGUGGAGAGUUAAGUUGGUGAAUGAAAAAAUUGUAUUCACCUCUGGGUUACAUGCGUUGGAUGUUUGUGAUAAAGAGUUUUAUCCAAAUAUUCAUGAACUCUUGAAAAUUUUUUGUACAUUGCCUGUAUCGACUGCUACACCUGAACGAUGUUUUUCAAGUUUGAAGAGGAUUAAGUCUUACCUAAGAAAUAGUAUGACAGAAAACCGACUUAAUGGGUUGGCUUUAUUGGCAUGUCACCGGUCGAUACAAAUCAUGCCUGAUGAGGUUAUCGAUGAACUGAGCAUCCAAAAAAACAGAAAAUUGGAUUUUGUAUUGUAA